AUGGCCGCGGUGCUCGGCGCGUUCGUGCCGGAUACCGCGGUGCGGUGGCGCGGGCUGGUGACGGGGGAGGUGGCGCGGCGGAUGGGCGUCGCGCCGGAGGCGAAGACGCUGGUGGCCAGGCUGGACCGGGUGGGCGCCGCGGUGCGGGACGCCGAGGCGCGGGCCGCGUGUGGGGACGACGGCGCGGCGCGGUGGCUGGCCAAUGCUCUUCCUCGGCUGCUAUCCUCCUGCUGCGACACGGACGUGUCCUGUGGCGACAUCGCGGCUGACAUCAACAACCUGAACCGGAGGCUGCAGGUCAUCCUGAAGGAGAAGCAUCAGCUUCAGCUCCGUUCAUCCCUCGGCGAUCAUUACUCAGCGCCCGUGCGCACGGCACAUAGGCUCCGAAAACCGGAGAGGACCCGGGCUUCUGACACCGACAUCGUUGGCUCAAGGAUCGAGGACGACGCGGCCGGGCUCGUCCGACAGCUGACAGAGACGGACGGGAGAACCGGCUGCACGAUCGUCGCCAUUAUCGGCCCCGACGGAAUCGGCAAGACCACGCUCGCCAAGAAGGUGUACGGCAGCGAGAGGAUACGGCGCGGCUUUGGGGCGAGGUCAUGGGUGUGCAUUCCCAGAGAGUACAACGAGGCCGCCCUGCUCUCCCUGGUCAUCGACUCGUUCGGCGGCGACACAACGGGCGGCGAGAGCUUCGCCGACCUCGAGAGGACUCUGGUCAGGCUGGUGGAGGAGAAGAGGUUCUUGCUCGUGCUGGACGACGUGCGGUACGGCGGGGUGUGGGAAGACGUGCUGAGGAGACCGCUCGAGCGCGCUGCUGGACGCGGCAGCAAGGUGGUGAUCACGGCGCGGCACGGCAGCAUUGCUCGGGAGAUGGGCGCCGGCCACGUCCACCGCGUCAAGAAGCUGGACAUCGACGAUGGCUGGCUGCUGCUUCGCACGGCGGCCUCUAUAGUUGACGAGGCCACGGCGGGCGAAAUGAAGGGCGUGGGUGAGGGGAUAGCUGAUAAGUGCGGCGGCGUGCCAUUGGCGAUCAAGGCUGUUGCCGGCGUCCUGAGGACACGGGAUGCGACCGCCCAAGAGUGGGGCGAGGUGCUCGCCAGCACGGCGUGGUUGGUGAAGGGGCUCGCGGAGGAUGCCAUGAAGCCGCUGUACCUGUGCUAUGACGACUUGCCGUGCCACCUCAAGCAAUGCUUCCUGUACUGCUCGCUGUUCCCCUCUGACCUCGCCGUGGAUAGGCGCGUGCUCGUGCAGCUUUGGAUAGCUGAAGGCUUCGUGCAGAUCAGAGCCGACGCCAGUGUCGAGGAGGUGGCCGAGGAGUACUACGAUGAGCUCAUCACAAGGCACCUUCUCCAGCCGGCAGAGGGAGAUGAACACGGUGGCGCCGCGUGGUGCACCAUGCACGACAUGCUGCGAGCUCUGGCGCAGCUGCUCGCACAUGGUGAGGAGUGGACCGGCGACUCGUACCGACUGUUGGUCGACAGCGAUGCCGCCUUCGCACCACGACGUGUUUCACUCCCGGGAAGAAACCUGGCUGCGAUACCUGAGAAGAUUCUCAAGUUAGAAAGGGUAAGAACGCUGCUUCUUCAAAAGAACCCACUUACAAUUGAAGGAAGCAUCUUUACAAGAUUGCAACAUCUUAAAGUAUUGGAUCUCAGUGAAACAGCAGUCGAGCUCAUUCCAGAGAACCUGGGCAAUCUUGUUUAUUUGAGGUUCCUGAAUCUGUCUCACACAAGGAUUCAGGCAAUUCCAGAAUCCAUAGGCAACCUGUGGAGCCUGAAAUUCCUUCUGCUAAGAGGGUGCAAGACACUGCACGCGCUGCCAAAAGGGAUAGAGCAUCUGAGAGGACUCAGGGACCUUGACCUUGCCGGCACAGUGAUCAAUGACGCGGCAUUCAGAGUAGGCCAUCUGAGAAGCAUCACAUCACUCUGCUGCUUCACCGUGACGAGCAAAGAGGCGCGUGCUGCUCAGGAUAGGAGUGGGUGGCCUCUGGAUGAGCUCAAGAACUUAUCUCAGCUGAGAACACUGCACAUACAGAAGCUUGAGAAGGCUGCUAAUCGAUCGGAGGCAACUGAGAUGUUACUUGAUGCCAAGAAAGGCCUCAGGGAGCUCGAGCUGUCGUGCAGCAGCACUGUCAGGCCACUUCAAACACCGGAAUUGGUCAGAAAGAUUGAGGAUAUCUUCGAAGAGAUGCAUCCGCCACUAUGCCUGGAGUCACUGAAGCUUGUAAACUACUUUGGGACAAGGUUCCCAAGAUGGCUAUCAGUGACCUUCCUGCCAAAUCUCCAUGAUCUAGACAUCAUUGGGUGCAACUUCUGCCAGUCUUUUCCUCCAUUAGGCCGUAUGCCAGAACUGAGAUCCUUGUACAUAGCAGACUCUCUAGCUCUGAAGGAUAUAGGUGCAGAGUUCACAGGCACCGAACACCCACAUCAGGUUCCAUUUCCGAAGCUGGAAAACCUGCACCUCCGAGGGCUGCAGAAGCUCCAGACAUGGACAGACAUUGAGCCAGGGGCAUUUCCAUCUCUGCAGGAACUUCAGCUUGAGAGCUGCCCCAAGCUGCAAAAUCUUCCUGUUGGCCUCAGACAUGUGACAUCCCUGACCAAGCAACACAUAGCAGAUAUGGCAAGCCUUGAGGCUGUGGAUGACAUUGCUACACUGAGGGAAUUGAUCGUUUGGAACACUCCUAAUUUGAAGAGGAUAUCAAACCUGUCUUCCCUUGAAGAUAUCAACAUGUGCCACUGCCCUAUGCUGGAGAGUGUGGAGAAUGUAGACGGAUUACAAACAGUGCACAUCUUUGAUCAUGACUUGCGGGACAUGCCCAGAUGGAUUGAGGCACAUGCUUCCAAGCUUCGAUCACUGAAUUUCACAAGCACAGUUGAGCUGCUGAAAAGGUGCUUGGUUGACGGUACAGACUGGCCUGUGAUUAAGGACAUCAAGGAAGUUCAUGGGUACUCCACUGGUUCCAGCUACAUAUACUAUAAUAGGAGUCCUUAUAUCUUUGAGAGCAAUGUGAGUGAUGAAGAUAACCUCAGUGUCAGAGAGAAUGAAGCAGAUCCUGAUAAUGUUGAUGAUAUUUCAGUUUCAUCUUCAGCAGAAGUUGCCCCUGAAGAUGAUGAGGUUGAGGACAGAGCAGAUUCAGUUGUGCCACUUCCUUCUAAUCCAACAAGGGCUACAGCAUCUGCAGCAAAAGUUGGUUGUGUUGUGGCUGAUUAUCAUAAUGAUCCUGGUUCAAAGCUACAAGUCAUGAGUCUGAAGCAAUAA